GACGCGCGCAGGAAGGGGCGGGGCUUCGAGAGCUGAGCCCGCGCGCCGAUCUCGCGAUAGCAGUAGAGGGCGGAAGCGCAAUCUGCAGGAUGCGGUUCCUGGUUGCGUUUGUCUUGCUGAGCGUCGCCGUGGCGGAGGCCUUACAGCCCACUUCUCCGCCAACCACCAGCCUCGCUCCGAAGGAAACUCAGCCUUCUACAGGACCUCUCACCUCGAGCCAACCGUCUAAGCAAAACGAUACUGGCAAAACCACUCUGAAACAGCACUCCACGAAUGACAGCUCUAGCCGGCCGGCAUCGGAGCUGCACACCACGAAAGCCGGCCCUGGAGAGUCGACAUCGGAGCAACAGCCCUCUGGAGACUCCAACCAGCAGGUCCCCAGCGCCUCCUCUGAUAACAAGGAGGUCACAAAGCCUGACUUCAACACACUAGCUGACAAAAUUCUACAAGCUUCCAGAACUGAAGCUGGGGGAAACGUAUUACCGGGCUCCGAACCCCCUUCUCCCCAGCAGGAGGGAGAAGAUAAGUCUUUAGCGCCAAGUGAAGAUGUGGAGCCCAAGGACACUGAGGAAGAGGAUACAGAGCCUGAAGAGGAUUCACCACCCAAAGAAGAGAAAGAAAUGCCUGACCCUGUCUCCAGUAAGAACCGUGAAGAGACGUCUUUGAACCCCUUGAAUAAGCAAGAUGACCCUGAUAAGGAUAAUUUUGGAAGUGCCGGUGCGGAGAGCAGCCACUUCUUUGCGUAUCUGGUGACAGCAGCCAUCCUCGUUGCUGUCCUCUACAUUGCCUACCACAACAAGCGGAAGAUUAUUGCUUUUGUCCUGGAAGGGAAAAGAUCCAAGGUCACUCGGCGGCCAAAGGCCAGUGACUACCAGCGUUUGGACCAGAAGAUUUGAUUUUUCUGUUCUCAAGAACCUUGUCCUCCCUGCUGAUGUGUUUCUAAAUCAAGAAAAAUGAAGAGAAGAAUACUGUGACAUAAGAGACAGCCCCCCCUCUAGGGCUCGGCGGCAAGUCCCGGCCGGCAGAGGUGGGGGGCAUUGCUUUGGUUUUUGCACCUGCACUUUGGUGACCCUGUCCUCCUGUGUUCCUGUUAUUUAUGCUGGUGUCUUCCAGCCUUUCCCCCUCUAAGUGUGAGUUGAGGAACAUGCGGGCUCCCAGCCGUGACCAAAGGGAGCUCCCAGCCUAGGCAGGUGACUGCUGUUGACUGCCCUCCCUGGGGCCUUGGCUCUGUGCUAAAGUUAGCCCCUGAAAGUAGCAGCGCACUCACCACUAUUUACCUUCGCGGACCUAGGAGGAAGCUGUAGGUUGAGGUGCGUUUCUAGUAAGUCCUCUCCCUGAGCAGCGGGGCUGGCGGUGGGGGAGGUGCCCUACAGAAGAUGGAGAAGAUGGUAAAUGUCGAUGAGCAGAGAGCUCCUUUGCACCCACAGUUCUCCUCCAAGGCUUCAGCCGCAAACCCAAACAGCCGCUAAAAAAGCACUCUGGCGCCUGUGGAUCCAGCCUGUCUCGCAACCUCUUCACGUUCUUCUGGUGUCUUCAUGUCACUGAGGACAAAGUGAAUCCACCUCCAUUCGGUUGUCCUGAGCAGGAAGCUCAACUUGGCGGUUCUGGGAGCAAAGCCGUAGCACCACUGUCCUAUCGCAGGUUCUUUUGAGAAUAACAGUUGCAGUUACUGAAUCUCUGUGCUCGUCCCUGCCCCCACCGGUCGUUACAGAUGCUCUCAGACGCUCUCGGGAGUACGGUGAACUCGUGCUCCGGGCGGGGGAGCAUGUGGGAGGGCUGGUUUGGGUCUGCGUGUUUUUCCCAAGGGCUUUCGUGAACCAGGUUUCCCAUCAACUCUGUUCUGCCUUUGUUGCCUAGAACAGACAAAACAGACUUCUAUUUACAAACUGACUAUACGCCCUCUUCCACCUAAUCUAGUUAAUGGUCCUCUUAUCUGAUACAAAAUGCCAAGGGUAAUGAGUAAAAAUUCCCCUUCUGUCCCACGUCAGGGGUUUUUAAAAUGGAAGAAAUUUGGAGAGUCCCCCGGGGUGACCGGGGCUAGUGGCUUGGGUCAUGCUGUGGUUUGAAGUUUGACUUAAAUCUGUCCUUGUGGGGCUGCCCGAUUGCAGAGAGCCUAGAGAGAGUCGUUUCUGCAAAGAGAAAACUGAGAGAGAACAGCUGGUGUCAGGGAAACGCAGAGAAGGGGGGAAGUGAGAGGAUGGGAUGCGUUCUGUGCUGUCGAAGACGUCUGGCUGAAGAAGGGACCGGCCUGUCUGUCACGCUGUCUUCUACCUUGCUUAAAACAGCCCACGACUUCGAGUUGAGGUUUUCAUUCUUUGCAGGUGACAUCUGUGCAAGUAAGAAGGGAACGUCCCUACCUUCCUUCCUCCCCUCUUGUUUCUUCUUUCUGCCCAUCUCCACUAGCCCCUUGUGUCUGCCUUCGUGCCUGCCCGGAUCCCUCUGCUCCCAGCCAGUCUAUGUGGUUCCUUCUGCCAUUCACCCUCUCCAGAAAGUGUCGCUUCCAUCCCCUUGCCCUGCAUCCUCUUCAUAACCUUUACAAACUCACUUUGGUCCCUGUCUUUCCACUGAUGAUGUUUUCCCAGAGGUUCAGGUCACCCAGUCCAAUGGCUUGUUCUCAAAGCUUAGUCUUGGCCCUGAUAGAAUUGGACACUAUGGACCGUCCAAACUGACCUCCCCUCUUUGGGGCCUGUGUCCUGGCUUCUGAGAACUCCUUUGCCUUAUCCUGUGCUGAUGGGGGAGAAGGCCCUCGAAGACACGUCUGUCUAUUCCCCUCUUGUCGGGUGCGCACCCAGGCCCCUGUGCCACCUUGUCCUUGCUGUGGCCUCUGUUCCCUGGCUCCCUGCAGGGUGCUCCCCCUUCUCUUCUUUCCCCAGACUCCCCCACCUCCACGCUUGGCUCUUUCCAUUUCACUCCAGUAGCUCUUAAUAAUGCCGGUCACAAAUGGUGGAACGCCAGCAGAGCAGGGCAUCCAGUAUCCGACGUCUCUGUCUGAUCUCCCCAAGAAAAGUAAGCUCCUUGUGGGACAUUCCCCCCCCCCAUGGCGCCGUCUGUGGAUCUGCCUAACACGGGACAGGCCCCGGGGACGUCAGGAGUUGGGUGUCUUCUUACAGAGGAGACGUGUUCUCUGUGCAGGACAUCUGGAUGUGACCUGACUGGGGUCUCACCCAGCUCUUUCUGGCUACUGGUUGCUGUCCCUUACUGAUGGACUUUGCAGUAAGGAGGAGAGCAGAGAAAGGUUGGUUCCAGGCACCAGGAGGGUGGGCCCCAAGUGGGUGCACAAGUCAUGUGGCGUCCACAUAGCUUUUUGAGCCUCCGAGAAGUACCGUUCCUUGUGUGAGUUAUGAUAGAACUGAAGUUUCGCUCUAGAGAUCGCCCUGGGAGAAGUCUCCCACACCACAGGGAAGGUCGUUCUCUGGCUAAUUGUCUUUUUGAAAAUAGACUCUUUGAAGCGUGUUUUCCUGUAGAUUGUGUAGAUGAAGGUGGGCUGGUGGAGGCAUCUGUCCCGCCAGGGAGGGGCAGGGAGCAGGCGUGAGAGGCCCCGCAUCCCUGUUUUCAGGAGCCACCUUAAGUGGCUUCCUGUGCAUCUCCUCUCGCGUGUAAAGGGACCAGCGUGAUCUUGGGGCAGCACAGCUCUGUGCUCCCCUUCCCGCCCCCCGCUUUCGCUUGCAGGAUGUUUGUUUGGAAGGAUCUGUGCUUCAGUCACGGAUGCUAACAGAGGAGCUUGCUUCCCUGCUUCAGAUCACCGGGCAGAGUUAUCUGAUGAGUCCCCCUCUGGACUGAGGGAGUAGAAGGCAUCUAACUAGACAGGCUCAGAGACCUCAGAAAGACCUGACAGCCGGCGAUGCGCACGCUGACAUCUCUCUUCCCAUGACGACUCUUAACGGAACACUGGGUGAUGGGACUCCGAGCCUCUGAAAUUCCCCGGAUGGGCAUUCACAUCUUCUGCCAUUUCAUGUCAUUUGAUUCAAAAGCCUGCCCCUUGUUUUCACAGGGUAACUUGAUAAGUAAUGCUGCAUGUGUGAUGAAAACUAGCACGCUUUGCCCGUGUUCUGAAUCAUUUGAACAGCAAGGAGAGCGUGCCAUCCACCAGCCCCAGUAGCCCUGCCAGCCAUUUUUCUAAAAACUCUUCCUGGAAUGGUUGUGUUUGGCUUGGCUUUGCUUAAGACAGAAUCCUGGGAAGAGAUUUUCAAAUUUAAUUUAACUGUGCAUCCAGAACCAGGACUAACUCAACUCCACUCCCCAAGUCCCAGGUGAAUUUCCUAAAUAUCCCAAUUUAGAAACUGCUCGGUAAAGUUACGGGGUCUGAGCUGUAGAGUGUUUCAAGCUGCCAGCAAAGCCAGCUUCCUCACACUCUGAUGCUCCUUUAAUGCAGCAGUCUGACGUGUUACAUAAAUGAGUGAUUGUUGAAAUUUUCCCUUCUUUUUUGUUUACCCAAUUAGUAGAACACCACUGUUUUGCAAUGUUUUAUAUUUCCAGCUUGUAACUUAAUGAUAAUUACUUAAUUUUAUUUCUUUAAAGCUUCUUCGGUCUGAUGAUAAGUAUUUUUCAGUGUAUGUUUUACUGAGCUUCUGUGAGGGCCAUUGCAAUGAAGUUUUGUAUCUGCACAGAAACCAAAAUAAAUUUCAAAUAUUAAAGCUAUCAAA